CAAAGAGGUAAGCGUGGCCCUGACUAGCCCACCCAACAACAGGAAGAAUGGCUGAGAAAGCAGAGGCUACAUUAUCUCGCUUUCUGGUCCCUAUUCUUCUCUUAAUUGGUUGGAUUGUGGGAUGCAUCGUAAUGGUUUAUGUUGUCUUCUCUUAGAAAGGCCAGAAGACUUCAGAUUGACAUCAUUUAGAAGAAUUAAGAAAAGCAUGAAAUGACAGAUUAUUAAAUGUUUCUCAUGUAAAUAACUGCAAUGUUUGACAUCAGUUUAUAAACUUACAUUUGUGAACUGUUACUUUGAACCUAAGAACCUCUUCAGAAACAUAUUUAAAAAAUAAGAACUAUAUUUACAAAUAAGAACUAUAGGAAAAUAUAGAUGAAUUUCUUUAUCACCUAAGAGUAAGAAAAAUGUUCCUAUGACUUAAAAUGCAUAAGCAAUAGGAAAACAUUAGAUAAAUUAAAUGUAAAAGAAAUAAGCUAGAAGUAAGAGAGAGAGUUCAUAGAAAACAAAAUGUAAAUGUAAACUUUGUCCCUUAAAACUCUUACAUAAUAAGAGAACUGUAAUUAACUCUGUACGGAAGAGGCAUUAUUCACCUGUCAGAUGGGGAAUAUGAAGAUAUUUGACAGU